AUGGCAAGCAGCGAAGACGCCAGCGCGCCACGUUUGAACGUAUGGACGCCCAAAGAGUUCCGCGACCUCGUCAAGGCGUGGGAGCUCGCGCUCGCGCGUCCACAGGCGACCACUGACCGCCCCGAGUCGCUGCACGACACAGUGUACGACCAAUUCGUCGCGCUGUGUGGCGGCCAUUCGCGUCGAAAUAAAGCCGCCCUGACGAGUAAACGCAGCGCGCUUAAAUUUUCGUACCUUCACGUGCGCGACUUUAAUCGCUCGCAAAGUCGGCACAAAGCGAAAUUGUUUUUUGAUUUAUCGGAAAAAGAGCGCCGCAGCAUUUUGAAACAAUUCAAAAAAACGAAUUCUAAUGUUUUGGACAUCUCGCGCGAGAUGUAUAAGGCGCUGGAGCGCAUCAUUCGACAGGGAGGAGGCGACGACGACGCGGCGGUACUGCCUGGAACAAGACCGAAGGAAGAAGAAGACCGAAGUGCGCGCACAGAGACGAGGACAAAGCGGACGUCGAGUGUGAAUUGGACUGUACAACAGACUGCACCUGGUGACAAGAUGGCGGAUAAACCGGCGGCUGGAUCACGUUACAGUACUACUCCUGCUAGUAGCAGUACUACUUGUACUGCUCGUAGUAGUAGUUUAAAUGCUGAUACUAGUACUAGUAUAUGGUCCGUGGACGAGAUGCGGCAGCUGGUCAAGGCCUGGGGCAUUGCAGUCCAACUGGUCUGUGCGAAUUCGACGGGGCAAUCCAUGUCGAUCAUCCAAGAAUUGGGUCGGCAAUUUGAACUGCUGCAAGAGGGGAAGAGUGGAUGCAAUUUGCAGGGUCUGGCCACGCGACGGCGAGCGCUGAAGCUGUCGUACACGAGGAUCUCAGCCUUUGACAAGAUCCAGGAAAUGAAUGGAGACGUUGCUUUUGCCAAGCUGCCGUUGCCGACGAGACAGACGCUGAUCAAGUCGUGGAAAAAUGCAAAUUUGUUGGACUUGCCAGCCGACAUCUACUCGGAAUUGACGAAAGUGAUCCCGUUGGAUACUCGAGCUAUAGCUCUCGAAGACAUGCGCCGCGCUAAAGCAGGCGAACCGGUGAGCGUAGGGGGUGGACGCUCAGGACGGAAACAAGGGAAACCACUGAAGCAGCCGAGAAUCGUGAGAUCAGCGCAAGACAGUAACGGUGAAGAAAGUAGGCGAGUGGCCGCCGUCCAACCUCCACUUGUUGCUGUUGACAGUGAAGAAGAGAAAGCUGGUGUUGUGAGAAUGGUUGUGCACAGCCGCUUGAGUCUGAACGAUGAGGAGAAGGAUGCCGACCCGAGUGCCAGAAAUGCGCGCCUCACGGAGAAGAAUACUUUGUCCGUUCGUGUUGAAGACGAUGCCAGGCAGGCGUCAGCAGGCGGCGAUCGUAACGCCACGUCUACUGCAAGACUCGGUAUCGAUGAAAUGGUCCGCAGUACUACUGAGGACAACGUUAGUUCUGGUCCACGCAGCAAUGCGACAUUGACGUCGUGUUCACCACGUAAAUUGAGCAGUGUAUCUGUUGUUCCUCUGGCUGAAGGAGAUUGCGAGAACGCGGGCAAAACGACUCGUUCUGACGGCGAAAGUUGCGGUGAUACGCCUGGACAUGCUGAGCUUUCUCGCGAUCAAUUGAUGAUGGACAAAGUCGUUUCCGCUGGCAGUACUCCUGGUAUCGAGAAGAUAGAAUUGUCUACUAUGGACCCAUGUCGCCAAGCCACGGUUUCGGAGCCACUGACUACCAAACUAAACCAAUGUGCUGCAGCUGUUGAUGGUGUUGCACUAGAUAAUUGCGAGAGCACACCUCAAAACGAGAGACCAUGCGUUGCCACAACUCCGGCCGAUGGCAAAGCGGAUGCUCAGAAAUUGGCGAAGAAAAAGCGCAAGCUUCGUGUCGAUGGACCGAAGGGACUGCUGUGGGAGAACAGUGAACUCCAGAUACUCAUCCACGCAUGGGAACGAGCAUCCAUCCUAAUGUGUAACAGCGACCCAGCUGAGCGUUUGUCUCUCAAUAAGGAGAUGUAUCGCGAGUUUGUACAGAUGCAAGGCGGGUCGUCAGUGCGAAAUAGUACGGCCCUUGCAGCGCGCCGUAGCUCACUGAAGUUCUCUUAUGCCCACAUUGAGUCAUUUGACAAGGCACAAGAGGCCAAAGGAGAGCCGUGUUACCACGAAAUCCCAGAAGACAAGAGGAUGGCCCUAUUGCGAUCGUGGAAGAACCGCAACUCUGUUGAUCUCACGAAGGAAAUGUAUGAUGGUUUGGGGCGUAUUCUAGCCAUGGACGAACAGCUUGCUAGAGUCCGAAGUCUUCGCCCGCCUCCACUGCUCAAAUUUAAGAAGAAAGCCGAUAGCCCUGAAGAGGCUAAGCACUCUGUGCUAGGACCCGAUGCGAGCCACUUGUUUAAAGCCGCAAAAUGGACGACUGAAGAGUCAUCAGACUUGAUCAAGGCAUGUGCAGAUGUGAUGAACUUUCCUAGCGACCAGGAACAGUCACCGACGAAACGCGAAUCCUUGAUCUACGAUGCAUUCGUGACACGUCGGCAAAACGCGGGGGACACCGAGAUACCUUUUCGUCGUGAUCUGAGAUCGAUGGCGCAACAAUGGCGAUAUAUUCUCGCGUCAUAUUCGUACAUCAGAGCAUGCAACGACAAUUGUUCAGAGGGAGAGAGCCCGUCCUGGUUUGAUAUGUCGCCUGUACAAAAGCGAGCAUAUCAACAGUGUACGAACGUCCCGGCGAAAUUUGUAGAUCUCGAUGCCGAGAUGUUUGCGUUAGUAACCAAAACCUCAUUUAUGGGGGAAGCAGCUAUAUCUCCGCCAUCACCGGUUGUCAAAGGCGUUACUGAAGGUAUUUCACUGCGCCCUCGGUCGAUGCGAAAGAGAACAGAGGCGUUCUGGUCAUCCGAUUCCGACUCAUCGGUGAACUCGUUGCCUCGCGCAAAACGCACCAGCAAAAAAUCCCCUGUUGUGUCUGCGGGAAAGAAGGUAACCAAUUGGCCUGUUGAGGAAAUAUGGGAGUUGAUUCGGGCGUGGGAUGAAGUAUCGCGUGUGAUGGGCAAUUGUAGACUGUCACUAACGCUGGAUGAGACGUUUGCUCUUUUCACAAAGGCGCAAGAUGGGCCUCCGAUUCACGGACGCACCCAUAGUAGCGUGCGAAACAAAUUGAUCGCGCUGAAGUCUUCCUAUUCCAAAAUUACAGCUUACAUCUCCGAGCGGGGCGAUAGUUCGGCUUGGUUCGACAUGCCGCGAGCAGAGAGAAUGAUUGAAAUCCGUAGCUGGAAAAAGAAAACGAUAAUAGAUCUGGGCAGAGACAUGUAUGAUGCGCUGAAGCAGAUUGUGCUGAUAGGGGGGAACGGAGUGCGAGGUAAGCGGACAAUUCGCAAACUGGAUCGACCACCAACAAGCCCGCCUGCUUCUUUUGGCUCGAAAGACCCGAUCGAACAAGACAGGAAGGAUCAUGCCUGGCAAAAGCCCGAGAAGUCUGUAGUCGCCAAUUGGAGCAAGGAAGAGCUGCUUAUGCUUGGCGAAGCUUGUGGCGAGCUGCUGGAAGGACGGCGAAGUCGGCGGUAUGUGUUCGAGGAGGAAAAGGAUCGCUUUUUCCGUCGCUAUGAAGAGUUGGGUGGAACCAACUCGCCGACGGCAGCAGUAGGACUUGCACGAUUCGUGUUGGACUCGUACGAGUUCAUCUACUUCUACGACCAGAAGGCAGCCGAACGUGACUCUCUCUUCUGGUUCGAGCUCGACGUUGCCGACCGAGAACAGAUUGUAGCUAGAAUGGGCAAGACGUAUCGCAGCUUCAACGGUUUGAGCACCGUGGACAAGGACAUAUUCGACGUGAUUGACGGAAUCGAUGCUGAGCUGCGUGUGACGCUGGGCGAGACGAAGAAAAAGACAUACAAACCCCCGAACGACGCUUCUUCUCGCUACGUCGAUAUUGAAGCUGUCGUUGACCAGUGCGAGUUUCAAUUGAGAAAUGGUGCGGCUCCAACGAACCCCAAAGCCCGCGAAGCGUCAGCAGAGUCGGAAGCGUCGUCGUCGGAUGAAAAGGCAGAUGUGUCGUCGUCGGAUUCGUCGUCCGCGGAAGAGUCGGCUGGCAGUGACUCAAGCGCCCCGGUUGGUGUGAGGUCGCGCCGAGUGACGCACUCCGAAGAGAAAGUCAUUCGUGUGCCAAAACACCAUGUUGUUCGCCCUGGAUCAAACGCUGCUCCUAGUCGAGCUACUCCGCCCUGUAAGCGCAAACGAGAAGCAGUUGCUGGCGCGUCUUCGACGCUGUACAUCACGGAGAUCAUUCAGAAGCAAAACAGGAAACUGGAACAAGCGGUGAAGCGGUUUCGAAAGGAGAGCGCAGACAAUCGCAAGAAGCAUCAUGCGUUUUUGGUGCAAAAGAUCCAAGAUAGCUUCCCAGUUGACACCGGCCACGGUUCCUACCUAGAGCGAGUUGCGGAACGGCAAGGCCAAACGUUAGUGGUUAUUUUCCAGAAAUUGCAGCAGCAUCGCGACGCUGAAAAGGCGAAAGACGAGGAGCUGAUGCGCGAGUUGUUUGGUCAAAGUGGACCGUCUUGA